AUGAAUAAAAAAGAAAACAAUUUUCCUCAUUUGGAGGAAAGUAUUCCCCCACCCUGCUCUGGAGGGUUGAAAAUUCAGGAGUGUUACACUUGUCUUGUAGUGCGGCAGUCUUAUACAAGACUUGAUGGAUACAAAUUCUUAGAUGAGACGUUCUCACUAUGUAAUUCUCUUAUGAUCUCAUCCCUAAUCACUACUCUCUUGUGGAGAGAUCCCUCACGCUUCAUUCAAAUUCUACCUAAUUUAAGGUUAUCUAUUGACGACAAAGAUUUACAAAUAGAUCAAGCUGACAAGAUAAGACAAUACCUACACGUCAAUACAGAAGCAAAGGUACAUAGUCAGCCCGAAUCAAUCAAAACAGAUGUAAAUAACUCUAAAAUCUUGGAUGAUGAUGGUCGUCUCAAAAGAACAGGUACAAUCUGGAUGGCAACAUCACAUAUUAUAACAGCAAUAUUAGGCUUGGGAGUUCUAUCCUUGGCUUGGGCCAUAGCUCAACUCGGUUGGAUACUCGGUCCUUCUGCUAUGAUUCUUUUUUCCCUUGUUGUCCUCCAUACUUCCAACCUUUUAUCUCAAUGUUAUAGGUCCGGUGAUCCAGUCACCGGACCUAGAAACUACACUUAUAUGGAAGCUGUUAAGUCCAUACUAGGAGGAAGAAAAGUGACCAUGUGUGGGUGUAUUCAGUACAUGAACUUGGUUGGAACAGCAGUUGGGUAUACAAUUGCAGCAUCAGUUAGCAUGAUGGCAAUAAAAAGAUCAAACUGUUUUCACAAGAGUGGAGGAAAGAACCCUUGUCAUAUGUCAGGGAAUGUAUAUAUGAUAACAUUUGGCAUUAUUGAAGUGAUCGUUUCGCAGUUACCGGAUUUCAAUCAAGUGUGGUGGUUAUCUGUAGUUGCUGCACUUAUGUCUUUCAUGUAUUCAACUAUUGGUCUUGGUCUUGGCAUAGCUCAAGUUGCAGAAAGUGGAAAUUUCAAGGGUACCAUGACAGGAAUUAGCAUAGGAACACUAACUAAUGCAGGAAUCGUCACUCCUACACAGAAGGUAUGGAGAAGCACGCAAGCUCUUGGAGCUAUUGCGUAUGCCUAUUCUUUCUCUAUGAUUCUCAUCGAAAUUCAGGACACAAUCAAAUCAUCAGCAGGAGAGUAUAAGACCAUGAAGAAAGCCACCUUGAUGGGUAUAGCUACCACUACGUUGUUCUACUUGCUUUGUGGAUGUAUGGGUUAUGCUGCGUUUGGAGAUCUUGCACCUGGAAAUCUUCUCACUGGAUUCGGUUUUUACAAUCCUUAUUGGUUACUUGACAUCGCAAACAUAGCGAUUCUUAUUCAUCUUAUUGGUGCUUAUCAGGUCUAUUGCCAACCAGUAUUUUUGUUCGUGGAGAAAUGGACAGCACAAAAACGCUCCAGGAGCAAAUUCAUAACGGAGGAAUAUGGAAUUUAUAUUCCAAUCAUCGGAGUGUACGACUUUAAUUUCUUCAGGGUAAUGUGGAGGACGGUUUUUGUGAUCUUGAUAACUCUUGUGGCGAUGCUCCUUCCUUUCUUCAAUGAUGUUGUUGGGUUUCUAGGAGCGUUUGGGUUUUGGCCUUUAACUGUAUUUUUCCCCAUUGAAAUGUACAUUGUACAAAAGAAGAUAGGGAGAUGGACAAGCAGAUGGGUAGGCCUUCAAGCUCUGAGUAUGGGGUGUUUGCUUGUGUCUGUUGCUGCAUGUGUUGGCUCUAUUGCUAAUGUUGUGAUUGAUCUUAAGACUUACAAACCUUUCAAGACCAAUUAUUAA